UUUUGGAGGAAGUCAAGGUUAAGGAUGGCUGGAUCUUUGUGGAUCAGCCUUGCCGCGGUGGCGCUUUGCGCCACUGGCGCACCCGUCACCAUGACGCUGAGCGAGGAUGCAGCUUGGCUGCAUCAAGGCCCGGCCACGGGCUCCGAACUCGUGCCCAUGAUCUUUGCGGUUCGCCAGACUGGCAUUGAAUGGCUCGAAGCUGAACUCAUGCGCGUGUCCGAUCCCAAGUCCCCUUUCUACGGUCAACACCACACCCUGGAAUCUCUCGCCACCCGCGUUCACGGCGUUCCCGAAAGUGUCGAGUACAUUGAGGGCAUGCUGGCAGCCCGUGCCACCAACGUCCGCAAGCAAAUGGACCACAGCUACAUUUUUGCCGAUAUCCUGGCUGCGGACAUGGGUCAUCUGAUGGAAUGCCAGCCUCAACUGUACCGCCACGCCACCCAGGACCUCACCGUUGCCCGUUGCCUCCAGGCCCCAGUUCCCGACCAUUUGAGUCCCCACGUGGACUUUGUCCUCGGCCAUGGUCUGCUCCCCGACCUGCAGCGUUUCGAGGCCAAGGCCUACCAACCUCUCACGGCCCCCGAGGAGGUGACCACUCCUCAGCUCAUUGACAAGACCUACAAGCUGGGCAACUACACCAGCAGUGCCCGCACCAACAGCCAAGCUGUUGCAUCCUUCCUUGGCCAAUACUUUCGCAAGGAGGACCUCGAGUCUUUCCAGAAGAAGUUCAACCUUCCCGUCAAACCCAUCGCCAAGGUCGUCGGUGUCAACGUCGACUUUGCACCCGGCAUGGAGGCCAAUCUGGAUGUCGAGUACAUUGGCGCCACUGGCCGUGGUGUUGUGACUUGGUUCGUGUCCACCGCCCAACGUGCCAACCAUGGCCAGGAGGACUUUUUGACGUGGAUGUCUGGCCAGCUCAACGACACCAAGAGUCCCUGGGUACACUCGGUCAGCUACGGUGACGUUGAGUCAAGCAUUGACGACAGCUACAAGACACGCGUCAACGACGACUUUAUGAAGUUUGGCGUCUCCGGCCGCACCAUCCUUGUCGCUGCUGGCGACUCUGGCGUCAGCUGUACCAAUGAUAAAUUCGCUCCCGACUGGCCCACCUCAAGCCCUUACAUUACCUCUGUUGGUGGCACUUCGGGUGUUCCCGAGCGCGUCUGGUCCGACGGCGGAGGUGGUUUCAGCAACUUUUACGCCCAGCCUACUUACCAGGCGGAUGCUGUAAAGGCGUACAUGAACAGCGGCAAGGCUCCGGCCUCUCGCUACUUCAACGCCUCAGGCCGUGCCUACCCUGAUGUGUCCGCGUUUGCCACCAACUUUGAAAUUGCCUACAUGGGCUCUUUUGUGGGUGUGGAUGGUACUUCGUGCGCCACCCCGACCUUUGCAGGUGUUGUUGCCCAACUUAACGACGUUCGCAUCCUGGCCGGCAAGAGCCCCCUGGGCUUCUUGAACCCCCUGCUGUAUCAAGCGGGUGGCUCUGACAACGGCUUCAAUGACGUGAUCCAAGGCUCCAACCCUGACGGUGCUUGCCCUGGCUUUGAAGCCAGCACUGGCUGGGAUCCUGCCUCCGGCUGGGGCUCGCCCGACUUCAGCCAGCUGAAGCAGAUUGUUGCUUAAGGCGCCCAGGUGUCAUUGUGUUUUGAUUGGCAGUCUCUGCUCUUUGUGCCAGCUUAUUAGCACGCAUGAAUCCAAGCACCGUUUAU